GUGAAGUUAGAUGUUGUUUUAAUUCAAGAAACAAGUGGAUAUUUUCGGAAAAAGUAUUUUUUCGACGUAUAGAAUUUUUCAAAUAUGUCUGUGGGACAAGUGAAGAUGGCAGAGUCCGCCAUGUGUGACUGUACUUCGGAGUUUGGGUUUGCUGAUAUAGUCAAAGGACAAACAUCUACAUCUGCUGUGACCGGUAUGACUGACGAUGAAACAGCGGUCUUAGCUGGGGUGUUAGCUGGGCUCGCAACGUUUCUCUUCCUGGCACUUCCACUCUUGUGUUGUUUGUGUCCACUACCAUUCGCUUGUUGUGGAGGAGGAGGAAAAAAGAAGGCCGCUGCCGCUGCUGCCGGAGCCGGUGUACAGAAGAGGAAAAAUAUUCAUGAAUUUUCAAGGUUUGUUAACAGUGGCCGAAGUACAGACGUAGAAUCUAUUGGGAGUUAUCGUUCUUGGGAUAAGAAUUGGGACAAACUCGAUCGAUUUGACCAUGACAACUUGUAUGAAGUGGACAUGAAACUUCCUCGAGUAUGGUUAGAAACUCUAAGAGGUGUUCCGGACGAUGAAGUAGAAACAAGGUUACGUGAACUCACCAGAGAUGGAGGCUGGGAAGGUAAUGACGCCAAACAGAUGUCGGAAAUGGAAAUGAGGCGGGAAAUGUAUGAGGAAUCAGGAUCCGGUGGUAUGGGAACCGACGGAGGUAGAUAUGCGACUGUACAACGGAUGGAAGGAAGCGGAGGAGGAGGAGAAGAACUUGUUGCUGAAUACGAAAUCUCUAGGCAUAUCACCAUGGAUACCACAAGAAUGACGCUACCUGAAACUGAAUAUAUUUACGAAAGAGACAUUCGAGGGGAUAGCAGCAUUGCUGACCGAGAUAAUUUCAAAAGAGUUUACUAUACCUACCAAAGGAUAAAGGGAGACGACUCGAAACAAACGUCAUUUUGAGAUUAGUGAACAGAGACUCUUUAUUGCUUGCUGCUCGACUUAAGACGUUGCUCUUACUCUGUAUUUUAUACUUUUGAAAUAUCGUAGUCAAUAUAUUGUUACCGUCAGACCUACAUUUGAUUAAUUUAGUCCAGAUAUAUAUGAUGUUCCAAAAUUUACUAUUGUCUUAAAAUAAAACGGAUAAAGGGUAACAGUAUCAUUGUUGUAUAUAAAUUUCAUUUUUACGAUAUCUCGUUUCCAAAUAAUAGCUGAAAGUGUAACUUAAGUAAUAGAAAUAGUUAGUAAAAUUUAUAUGAUAAAAAUAUCGAUAUCAAACGCAAAAGGUACAACGCAUGCAUCUGACAAAUGCCGUGCUCUAAUGUAAAUGUGGAUCUUUAAGUCUUUGAGGGGAUCUAACUAAGGGAAGGAAUACUUUUUGUUGUCAGUUAUGCUUAUGCAGUAAUCUAUCAGCUAAACACACUUAGAAUAUAUACUGAAAAAUAAUUUACUAACAAAUAGAAGCUUGUUAAAUAGUACCAUGUGACGACUUUCUAUCCGUUUUAAACUUAAGCAACUGGCAAAAUCGUACCAUGUGACGACUUACUAACCAAUACAAACUUGUGAAACUGGUAAAUCGUACCAGAUGAUGUUUUAUUAACCAAUGGAAACUGGUAAAAUCGUACCAUGUGACGACUAGAGCAAAAUCCACACAUGUUAAUCUUAAAUGAGAUAUUUGUUUAAGUAGUAUAUUUUUAUUACUUGUUAUGAAUUGAGAUUUGAUUUGUUUAAUUUUAUACUUCCCAGGAAUGUUUCAUGUAAAUAUUGAAAUGUGAUACACAAAUAAAGUGCUUACAAACUUGCA